UCUAAAUCUUUCGGUAUGGUAAAACGACAGGUUAAAAUAUGUAAACAAAACCUCGACCUCAUGGGCACGGUGUCACAUGCAGCUCUACUUACGAAAGAUACAUGCGAGUCACAGUUCAGUGACCGGAGGUGGAACUGUUCAUCUAUUCGGAAGUCACCUCGUCUUACACGUGACCUUGUGAGAGGUACAAGGGAGCAGGCUUACUUGUACGCUAUAUCUUCAGCGUCCCUCGUGCAUUCUGUGGCGCGUGCGUGCAGUAUAGGUGUGACGACCAAGUGCAGUUGUGGAGCGCUUCCUAACAGUCCUCCUGAUGGUGAAUUCAAAUGGGGAGGGUGUGGUGACGAUGUCAAGUUUGGACUUUAUCUAAGUGAAAGUUUUACAGACGCGUCUUUGUCAAAACGUGGCAAAAUAAGAACGUCCAAAAAAGCGCAGAUGAAUCGGCACAAUAAUGCAGCAGGAAGGAAGAUUGUUUCUGAUAGCCUCACGAAAGCAUGCAAGUGUCAUGGUGUAUCGGGAUCGUGUUCUAUCAAGACCUGUUGGAAAGCCCUUCCCGAUUUCUCAGCCAUUGGAACCAUAUUAAAACAACGUUAUACAAGUGCUGUGGAAGUUAAACGGAAAAGACGGAAAGGCGUCAAAGUGUUUCUUCCGUUGAAUCCGAAAAUUUCAUCGAUAACCAGGGACUCUCUGAUCUAUUAUACAAAGUCUCCCGAUUAUUGCAGCCCUGAUCCAAAGACAGGAUCUGUCGGCACAGCAGGAAGGGUAUGUGAAAAGAACGGAAACGGGUGGGGAGGAUGUGAUACCAUGUGCUGUGGGAGAGGAUUUAAAAGUUUUUCUAUAGAAAUCACUGAACGUUGUGAAUGUAAAUAUUACUGGUGUUGUUACGUCAAGUGUAAGACAUGUAGAAAGACGCUACAUCUAAACACGUGCCGAUAGGACGGUACCAUGUCACGUGAUGUACAUGUAGAAGGAUGUUGCAAUUAGUCACGUGCCGAUAGGACGGUCGCAUGUCACGUGAUGCACAUGUAGAAGGAUGUUACAAUUAAUCACGUGCCGAUAGGACGGUCGCAUGUCACGUAAUGUACAUGUAGAAGGAUGUUGCAAUUAAUCACGUGCCGAUAGGACGGUCACAUGUCAAGUUAUGUACAUGUAGAAGGAUGUUGCAAUUAAUCACGUGCCGAUAGGACGGUCACGUGUCAUGUGAUGUACGUGUAGAAGAUAUUGAAAUUAAUCAGACGCCCAUAGCAAGGCCACAUGACAAGUGUAUAACGUGCAUUAAGACGGUGCAUUUAAGCACGUGAUAAUAGGAGGACAGUGACAUGUAUGUGGAGUGCGUGACUUGCAGAAGGACGGUGUACUUAUAAACACACCGUUAAAAGACUGUCACAUGUAAAUGUGAGUUUAUCAAUGACAGAGACACUCGAGAAGGUAUCAUUGGACAUCUGACGAUAUCCACAAUGCUACUGAAUCGAUUUGUAACGAAUUACUGAUAAAAUGUUGUUAUCGUUAGGUCGUAUAGAGUUCAGUACAAACGGCGGUCUGAUAAUGACGAUUGUAAUUCACAAAAAAAUCUCCAAAUAAUUUAUCUA